AUGGAUCGCCUCCUCCUCUCUCUUCCUAAUAAAGCCUUUCCACUUCCCAUCUUCUCUAUUCCUAGGUUUCUCUUACUCUCUUCCCUCCUUUUCUCUUCCUCUUUUGUCUUUUCCAGUGUCAGUAACAGUGAGGCCUUGUCAACACAACACCAAUGCAUUGAAGAUCACUUCUAUGCUUUGCUCCACCUGAAACAGGGCUUUAAUUUCUCUGCUAGGUACAGCAAGACCGGACUCCCCUCUUGGAAUCCUAAAAACAGGGAUUGCUGUUCUUGGGAAGGCAUCACGUGCAAUGGUGCCACUGGUCAUGUGACCAAUCUCGACCUCAGCAAGCUCCGUAUCUACGGUCGGAUUGAUUUUGUAAGCCUCUUUCGUCUUCAGAGCCUGCAGAAGCUGAACCUCGCUUCCAAUGAGUUUGAUCCCUCUCCAAUCCCAUCUGGGUUUGAGCAGCUCACCAGUUUGACCCAUCUCAACCUCGCUUCUUCAAAUUUUUAUGGCCAAAUCCCGCUGGAAAUCUCCCGCUUGACCACUUUGGUGUCCCUCGAUCUAUCUUACAAUGAAUAUUUCAAUGGUUUGUAUAUUGAAUACCUGAAACUCGAAAACUCAAGCAUCGGAGCAUUCGUCCAAAAUCUGUCCAGUCUGAGAGAACUCCAUCUCAGUUGGGCAAACAUCUCAGUUCAGGGUAGCGAGUGGGGCUUGGCCUUAUCCUCGGGACUCCCUCUUCUCCGCAAGUUGAGCUUGAGAGAAUGUGGUCUUUCAGGCCCCAUCCAUCCUUCCCUUUCCAAACUCCAUUUCCUAUCUGAACUUGACCUCACCGGAAACAAUCUCUCUUCGAUGGUACCUAACUUCAUAGGGAACUUUUCUUCUUUAACUUCACUGCGCCUCAGAAGUUGUAGUUUGCAUGGCGAAUUUCCGGAGAGUAUUUUCAGGCUGCCAAACCUACACACCCUGGGUGUGAAGCUCGAGAAACUCGUGUAUUUGGAUCUUUCAUUCAAUGAUUUCAGCGGACCAUUGCCAUCGUCUUUUGGCAACCUCAGCAACCUCGUUGGUUUGCAUCUUUCAUCCAGUGGUUUCAGCGGACCAUUGCCAUUCACUCUUGCCAACCUAAGCAACCUCAUUUAUUUGGAUCUUUCAUCCAAUGGUUUCAGUGGUCCUAUCCCAUCAUCAUUAUUUUCACUCCAAUCACUAAGAGGGCUUUAUCUCCAAGUAAACCAAUUUAGUGGUGAGCUUGGGGAGUUCCAAAACACAUCCUCUUCAGUACUUGAGAUCAUCAACUUGUAUGAAAACAAGUUGGAGGGGCCCAUUCCAAGGUCAAUCUUUCAACUCACAAUGCUUACAGAGCUCAGACUUUACUCCAAUAAUUUCAGCGGCACAAUCCCUUCUUUGUAUGGAAACGCACUUCAUAAUUGUACAGAUCUCGACUUUUCAAACAAUUCACUCAGUGGGACCAUUCCUUCGUCAUUGCUUUCACUCCCAUCAUUACAAAUGCUGUAUCUCCAGGAUAACCAAUUUAGUGGUCAACUUGGCCAAUUCCACCACCCAUUCUCUUCUCUGCUAAUGACAAUCAACUUGGAUAACAACAAGUUGAAUGGGCCUAUUCCAAAGUCAAUCUUUGAACUCCCCAUGCUUGUGAGACUCCAUCUUUCGUCAAACAAUUUCAGUGGUGAAAUACCAAACUCGCUAUGGAAUGGAGAAGUUCCCUCACUUAUUUGCAAUUGCACUUACUUACAAGUCCUCGACCUGUCUCACAACCGCUUCAGUGGUUCUAUUCCACCAUGUUUGGGUCAAAUCAGUGAUACCCUCAUUGUGUUGAAUCUUGGAGGAAAUGCAUUUCAUGGCCCGUUGCUUCAAACAUUCAAAGAGGAGUGUACUCUAAAGACACUUGAUCUCAAUGGAAAUCAAUUGGAAGGACAGGUGCCAAGUUCUUUGGCCAGGUGCAAGAAGCUAGAGGUGUUAAACUUUGGAAACAAUCAAAUACAUGACACCUUCCCUUUCUGGAUAGAAAAUUUAUCCCAGUUGCACAUUCUCAUCUUGGGAUCCAACAAAUUUCAUGGCACCAUUGGGCAACCCCAAGCAAAUAGUACAUUUCCACUAUUACAAAUCUUUGAUCUCUCUAACAAUAGCUUCACAGGUAAGUUGUCAUCAAAUAUGUUUAGGAGUUGGAAAGCAAUGAUGGAGACCAAAUCUCAAUCUCAAUUUCUUAGCAAAACAUUUGCCGAUGGAUACUAUUAUCAAGAUAAAGUGACUAUAGCGAGUAAAGGGCUAGAAAUGGAGCUGGUAAAGAUCCUUAUUGCCUUUACCGUAGUGGAUCUCUCAAAUAACCAAUUUCAUGGGGACAUUCCAGAAUCGGUUGGGAGUUUAAAGUCAUUGGUUGUGCUUAAUACGUCCUAUAACCAUUUCACAGGCCGAAUUCCAGCAUCACUUGGAAACAUUAAAGCUCUUGAAUCAUUGGAUUUAUCUCAUAAUAGUAUGUUCGGAGAGAUUCCUUGGGAGCUGACAAAGCUAAACUUCCUUGCUGUGUUGGACCUUUCGCAAAAUCUCCUCACUGGAAGCAUACCACAAGGUCAGCAAUUCAAUACAUUCAUGAAUAAAUCUUUUCUUGGGAACUCGGGAUUAUGUGGCACUCCACUGUCAAAGAAAUGUGAACACGUUGAGGCACCUGCAUCACCACCAUUGGCACAAUUGGAAAGCAAAUAUGACUGGAGAUCCAUGUGGAUUGGCUUUGGAGUUGGAUAUGGAGUGGGAAUGGGAAUCCUUUUUUGGACUCUUGCACUUUGGACAAAUGGAAUGAAAGAAUUCACUAUAUUUAUUGAUAAAGUGCUGGUGUUGAUUUUUCCAUGUGAGGCAUUCAUUCUAAUGCAUCAAUACUGA